AUGAGGAGAGCUGUGGAUCCGGAAGCACUGAUGAAUAUUAAUGAGAUCAUUACAUACAAAGGGUACCCCAGUGAGGAGUACAAAGUGAUGACUGAAGAUGGCUAUAUCAUUACCAUUAACAGAAUCCCGUAUGGUAUACAGAAUCAGAGAAAUCCAGUUAUGAAACCUGCUGUAUUUCUCCAACACGGGCUAUUGGGAGAUGCCAGUAACUGGAUCUCAAACCUACCCAACAACAGCUUGGCCUUCAUGCUAGCUGAUGCUGGCUUUGAUGUUUGGAUGGGAAAUAGCAGAGGGAAUCGCUGGUCCAGAGAACAUCAAAAUUACUCCACUGAUCAAGAUGAGUUCUGGGCUUUCAGUUUUGAUGAGAUGGCAAAGUUUGAUCUUCCAGCAGCAAUAAAUUUUAUUGUGAAGAAAACUGGACAGGAAAAGUUGUACUAUAUUGGCUAUUCACAAGGCACCACCAUCGCUUUCAUUGCUUUUUCAACAAUGCCAGAACUGGCUCAGAAAAUCAAACUUUAUUUUGCAUUGGCACCUGUCACUACUAUUAAGUAUGCCAGAAGCGCAGCAGUAAAGCUCCUCUACCUUCCUGAAAAAAUGCUCAGGGGUUUGCUUGGCAAAAGAGAAUUCCUUCCCCAGGCUGAAUGUCUAAGAAGGCUGAUAGUCCCUGUCUGCAGCCACCUUCCUUUUGCUAGGCUUUGUAGAAAUAUCUUCUUCAGCCUUGGUGGCUAUAACAUGAAAAACAUCGACAUGAACCGGAUCAAUGUGUAUAUCGCACAAACCCCUGCUGGAACAUCUGUGCAAAAUAUAGUCCACUGGAGCCAGGAAGCCCAUUUGGGGAAGUUCCAAGCUUAUGACUGGGGCAGUUCAAAGAAGAACAUCGAGAAAUACCAGCAGGCUACUCCUCCUCUCUACAAUGUAGAAGAAAUGACUGUACCCACUGCAGUAUGGACUGGGGGUCGAGACUUGCUUGCAGAUCCCAAGGACGCUGCCAUUUUACUGUCUCAUAUUAAGAGGCUUAUCUAUCACAAGAAGAUUCCUGAAUGGGCACAUCUGGAUUUCAUCUGGGGAUUGGAUGCACCUUUGUGUAUGUACAACGAAAUUAUUGAUCUGAUGCAGAAAUAUCCUUAA